UCACUUUCCUUGUUUCAUCUCAAUUCUCUUUGCAUAGCACACCCCAAAACAAACCGUAAAUAAUUUAAAGGGAAAAAAUGGGCGCCGCACUUGUAGUAGGAUCCCCUUGCCUUCGUCUUUCACCCUCUCUCUCGAUCCCAAAACCCGACAAAAGUCAAAACCCGAUCCCCAAAUCCCCCCAAAACCCCAAAACACCCAAAACCCAUCUCAAACUACCCAUCAUCUUUUCUUCCCGAUCGCUCUCUUCAGAGACCCAUAGGGGGAUUGCUGCUGCAAUGGCCGCUUCUGGGGCCCAUAGUGCUGACGUGGCACCUGACUUGGUUGAGGAGAUGGUUCACGAGGCUCUAGUGUGGAGUUCUCUCCAUGGGCUUGUGGUUGGGGAUAAAAGUGCUGAGUCCUUGCAGAGAUCAGGAACAGUCCCUGGCGUAGGCUUGGUUCAUGCCCCACUUGCUCUCUUGCCCAUGCCAUUUCCAGAACAUUAUUGGAGGCAAGCUUGUGAAUUAACUCCCAUUUUCAAUGAGCUCGUGGAUUGUGUCAGCUUGGAUGGAAAGUUUUUACAAGAUUCCUUAUCCAGAACAAAGAAAGUGGAUGCUUUUACUAGCAGACUCUUGGAUAUUCACUCAGAGAUGCUAGAAAUCAACAAAAAGGAGGAUAUACGUUUAGGCUUGCACCGGUCAGAUUAUAUGUUGGAUGCAGAAACUGGCCUACUUUUGCAAAUAGAGCUCAACACCAUUGCAUCUUCAUUUCCUGGUCUUAGUACUCUUGUGAGCAAGCUACACAGGACUCAGCCAAGGAGGAGGCUCCCGGCUUCAACAGCAACAAUGAAGAAGCAAUGGAACUUACUCAGCCACUAUGGUAAUCGAUUGGGUUUAGAUUCAAGAAAAGUUCCUGGAAACUCGGCCGUCAGUCAAUUUGCUGAAGCAUUAGCUAAAGCAUGGAAAGAAUAUGAUAACAGCAGUUCUGUUGUUCUGGUUGUUGUUCAACCUGAAGAGCACAACAUGUAUGACCAGCAUUGGCUUUCUUCUACAUUGAAGGAAAUGCACGGCAUAACAAGCGUCCGGAAAACUUUGGCCGAGAUAGAUGCUGAAGGGGAGGUCCUACCAGAUGGGUCAUUAAUCAUAGGCGGCCAUACAGUCGCAGUGGUCUAUUUCAGAGCUGGUUACUCACCUAAUGAUUAUCCAUCAGAAUCAGAGUGGAGGGCUAGAUUUUCGAUAGAAAAAUCCAAUGCAAUCAAGUGCCCAUCAAUAUCCUAUCAUUUGGCAGGUACCAAGAAGAUUCAACAAGAACUAGCAAAGCCAAAUGUACUGGAAAGGUUCCUUGAAAAUGAGGAGGACAUUGCAAAACUACGUAAGUGCUUUGCCGGUUUGUGGAGUUUGGACAAUCCAGAAGGGGUCAAUGGAGCAAUGGAAAGACCUGAAAUUUUUGUUCUCAAACCCCAACGAGAAGGAGGAGGGAAUAAUAUUUAUGGUGAAGAUGUGAGGAAAACACUUGUUAAGCUACAACAAGCAGGAAGCGAGGAACUAGCUGCAUACAUUUUGAUGCAGAGGAUAUUUCCCAAAACUUCACUAGCUUAUCUUGUUCGAAAGGGUAAAUGUUACCAAGAUCAAGUUAUAUCCGAACUUGGAAUAUAUGGAGCUUAUCUAAGGAACAAGGAUAAGGUCGUCAUGAAUGCUCAACCUGGUUAUUUGAUGCGAACCAAAGUUUCCUCAUCAAAUGAAGGGGGAGUUGCAGCUGGGUUCGCAGUUUUGGACAGUAUUUACUUGAUAUGAAUUACUUUGGCCCUCGAUUACGGUGAAAUGAUUAUUGGUCGUGUUAUAUCUUCGGAGAUGAAAUGAAUAAGGGGGUCGGAGUAAUUUUUGGCCUACUGCUUAGAAACUUAAUGUGGCCAAGAAAGAAAAGGGUCCGUGUUGUUGUACUAAAAAAGGAUUGGCAUCUUAUGAUUUACGUCCUGGAAUAAAUUAGUUUCCUCGUCGUGACUUGGGUCAUGCUCUGAGGUAUUUUAUUUCAAUGGAAAAUAUUGGAAAAACCCACAAAUUUCUUUUCCUAUGAUGACUUGAUUCGAGAAGGAGAUUUCAUGUGGUGCAGAUUUUAUGUUUUCUUUGGGCGAAAACCAUUGUUCAUGUUGCGUACGUGUGAUAUGUUCUCUUUGGUAACCUUGCCGUUGUUUUGAACUGACUUGUCGGAAUCCAGUCAAUAACUUUUAAGGCUUA